UUCAUAUCGUGUUCAAAUCAUAAAUCAAAUUAUUUUUGCAGUGAGCAUUUAAGCAAGUAAGGACUGCAACUUGCAAGUCUUUAAUACUGAUUUUAAAUUUUACUAUUAUAGUCGAGCAUGGUUCUUGCAGAAUAGUAUUUUUAAAUAUAUAGAAUUGACGAUUUAAAUGUUUACAAACUUAGCAGACAAACUGUUAUUAAGAUAGCCAAAUGGAGUACUGUCCACCGAACGUUACUUUGGGAGAAAUAUGGGUUGAUCAUGGAAUAUCACAAUGUUUUAUGGAGACAGCCACCGCAACAUUCAUAGGACUAUUUCUGCUUGUGUUUGGUGUAGCACAAAUUAUAAUGUAUAAACGAUAUGCUACUGAAGUUCUGGAUGUGAGAUCGUCAAAAUUAUUUUUUGUGCAAAUUUCGUUCACAUUGUUUGUCCCAAUUUUGGCUGUAACAAGAUUUAUACUUCAAGCUUUUUUGUUUAAAGGAGGACAUAUAUAUGGGUACAUGAUUCUUUCUCUGGUAGUUAAUGUUAUAGUGUUUCCACUUUCUGCGUAUUUGGCUGUGAUAGAAAGAAAAUAUUUGUUACCAUCAGUUCCACCAAGGGGCCAUGGAUUUGUGCUGCUAAUGUUUUGGGCUAUGAUCUUUGUGUCUGAGAAUUUAUCUUUCUUGAACCUUAACAAAGAGGGAUGGUGGUGGCAUUUAAAAGAUCUUCAAGAUCGCUUAGAAAUGACAAUGUUUGUUGGUCGGUAUGUGUCUUGCAUGACAAUGUUUGUUCUUGGCCUCAAAGCCCCUGGUAUUAUGCACCAAUUUGAAUAUCUCGAGGGAGACGAUGGCAAUCGCAGGAAUAUACCAAGGGAAGAAAAUAGAUCAGCAUUCCGCAAUGUGUUUACUAAGCUACGCACCCUGUUGCCGUUCCUCUGGCCCAAGAAGAGUUUGUGCCUACAAAUAUACGUUUUUAUAUGUAUUAUGGCGUUGAUUGCUGGUCGCGCGAUCAAUUUAUUGGUGCCCAUUUACAACAAGUUGAUAGUGGACAGCAUAACUAUACCGCCGCUGUACUUCCGAUGGGACUUCGUGGUGAUGUUUGUGUUCCUGAAGUUCCUCCAGGGAGGUGGUACCGGGGGCAUGGGGUUCCUCAACAAUAUGCGCUCUUUCCUCUGGAUCAGGGUUCAGCAGUACACUACUAGGGAAUUGCAGCUAGAGUUAUUCCGCCAUCUUCACGACCUGCCCCUCAAAUGGCACUUGUCCCGCAAGACUGGCGAGGUCCUGCGUGUGAUGGACCGGGGCACGGACUCCAUAGACAAUCUGCUGUCGUACAUACUGUUCUCAAUAUUGCCCACGCUAGUUGACAUCAUAGUGGCGGUCGUCUAUUUUGUGACGCAGUUCAACGCCUGGUUCGGGCUUAUAGUGUUCUCAACCAUGAUAUUUUAUAUAAUUGCAACAAUAGCGGUAACAGAGUGGCGCACCAAGUUCCAGAGACGAAUGAACCUCGCGGACAACGAGCAGAAGGCAAGGUCCGUGGACUCGCUGCUCAACUACGAGACGGUCAAGUACUACGGCGCGGAGUCCUACGAGGUCGUCUCCUACAAGGACGCCAUUGUUAGCUACCAAAAAGAGGAGUUCAAAUCGCUGCUAACCUUGAACAUGUUGAACACAAUGCAGAACGUUAUCAUUUGUACCGGUCUCCUGGCGGGCUCGCUACUGGCGGUAUCGAUGGUGGUGAGAACGAAGGAGCUGACAGUGGGAGACUACACUCUGUUCGCGUCAUACAUCGUGCAAUUGUACGUGCCGCUGAACUGGUUCGGAACAUACUACAGGGCUAUACAAAAGAACUUCGUUGACAUGGAGAACAUGUUUGAGCUGAUGCACGUGGACUCGGACGUGCGAGAUGCGGCGGGUGCGCCCGAGCUCGUGGUGCGGCGAGGUGGCAUCGAGUUCAAGCACGUGUCGUUCGGUUACGGGCCCGAGCGACUCGUGCUAAAUAACGUCAACUUUAAGGUGGCGCCUGGAUCCACUGUGGCCCUGGUGGGUCCGAGCGGCGCGGGCAAGUCUACAAUAAUGCGGCUCCUGUUCCGGUUCUACGACGUGAACGAGGGCGCCGUGCUCGUCGAUGGACAGGACGUACGUACGGUGACGCAGUCCUCGCUGCGAGCCAACAUCGGCGUGGUGCCGCAGGACACGGUGCUCUUCAACAACACUGUCAGGUACAACAUUCAGUACGGAAAGCUGACCGCUACGUCAGCUGACGUCAUAGCAGCUGCCAAGAACGCUGACAUACACGACAGGAUUCUUACUUUCCCUGAUGCGUAUGACACACAGGUAGGUGAGCGUGGUCUGCGUUUGAGCGGCGGAGAGAAACAAAGAAUAGCGAUAGCUCGUACUCUGCUCAAAGAUCCCGCCAUCGUGUUGCUUGACGAAGCCACUUCAGCGCUCGAUACGAACACCGAGAGGAACAUACAGGCUGCACUGGCAAGAGUGUGUGCCAAUCGAACCACAUUAAUAAUAGCGCAUCGGUUAUCAACAAUUAUACACGCGGAUGAGAUAUUAGUACUUAAAGAUGGAGAGAUCAUUGAGAGGGGAAACCACGAAAUGUUACUCUCACAAGCUGGCUUCUACGCGUCCAUGUGGCAACAACAAUUGGAGAACCGCAACAACUCUGUCGACAACAACGCGGAGGGCAACAACAACAAUAAUGACAACAACAACCGGACGCAACCCAACGGCUACGGCGGAUAUGGCCACGGCCACGGUCAUGGUCACGGUCAUUAAAUGGGACAUACACUGACUGACUUUGAAAACUUAACUGAAAUAUCAUCUCCACUGAAAUAGAUAUCUAUAUUUUACAUAUAUGUAUGUAAUACAACUGUAAUCGUGCUUUAAAAAAAAAAAACUAUUAAUAUACGAUAACUGAGCCAAAGAAGGCUGUUUAGAUCUUUUUCUUUUGAUGGGUCUGUGUGUUUGUACAUGCUCAGCUCAGCAACGGAUUUAAUGUCGGUUUUCAUUCAUGUAUUUUAUUUGUUAAACAAAACACAUGGUGGCCAAGUCAGGCAAUGCCUUGUCAGUGUCUCAUAAUUGACGAAUCGACCAGAUGUUCCAAUUAGUUAGCGGUAUCAUCUACCCUUAGCGGUGAUAGUAAUGUCUUAGGCGGGUCCCAUCACAAAAUGGAUGUAGGCGUUGCGUAAUACGAUACGAUCCGGAUCGCAUAUGCGUCCAACUUGAAACUUAAUACGUAAUCUAGCUUUUGUCUAUUAUAAUUCUGCAAACCUUCCAAGCGGAACGGCUUUACGUAAUAAUGGUGGCUGUACUGUUGUGAAUGAUACGACUUAGGAACCUUUGUGCAUUGUCAAAGGCCGGUUACAACAUGCGCCUGUUUUUAUUUGUCACUAUACUAAGUCCAACGAGACAAGAUAAAUAAUGUAAACAAACGGACUGUAACUGAGUUAUAUUGCGGUAGCGAGUUACUGUUAUGUCUGUCUCUAUCACUCGUAUGCAGUAUUGGCAUCAUUUGGUCGACGACAGCUGUCGUUGCGUGUUUCGUGCUACAGGAAAGCAGUCAGUACUGUAGUUGUCAACACUUAGUUCGCCAUUUUGUGAACAAGGUCAUUCCUGUUUGGAUUGCGUUCGAAGUGAUACGUAUUUUUUCGAUUUCGUAUUUACUAUCUAUUUACUUAGUUCUUGUUAUUAUUAAUCCGUUACUGUUUUUUUUUGCUUGUUUUUGUUAGUAGAUGUUUUAAUUAUGGAAUCACAGCCUGGCAGCUCCAGACAAAGCUAUCGAUACAAAUUUUUUGAACCUCUGAUACUUUUGUUUACAUUCUUUAUCCCGUCUCGUUGGCUUGGCCUUAGUAUAGGUGCGACUCCUGCUCUUGUGCCCACGAUAUAGAGAUUUCAAAAUAUCUGCCAAGUCACAAUAAUCCAGUCAGCCAGUUAGAAAUUUUAAGAUUACCAUUUAAUUUGUAUCUUAUAUAAAAGUGCUUCGAAUUCAUCGCUGAAACGGCAUCUAAUGCCAAUUACUAUGUGUGGAUAGUUUUCAAUAUCGAUUAGUGUAGCAGUUUGAUGUUGAGGUGCUAAAUGAAUCUUAUACGUAUACCAGUGUGUAUAGAUAAGUGAUGUGUGGAAAUAAUUACACAUGUGUUUGAAAUUCUGUAUUUUUCGUGAAAUAUGACAAAGUAAUACAAAUCGAUAACUCAGUUCCAAAGAGUAACAAUUCAGUAAAGGGUUCGAAAAGAAAACAACACUUGUUGUUAUUGUUUUGAAAGGAAAAUAUUCUAGUCUUAUGAAGAAAUAUAGGAUAUAGCAACUAAACUGUAAUCACUUAUCGACUUGUUUCUCUGUGAUAAUAGUGGGUUAUCGUUAUGUAACAAUUGUUUCUCAUACUUAUCUCAAACAUACUGAAUUAAAGAAUUGUUACACUUUGGAACUGAGGUAUCGAUAUGUAGACCGUACUUAUACGUCCUGCAAUUGCUAAAGGAAAGGAAGGUCUGCAAAACAGUCUUAAAAUUUGUUAGAAUUAUUAUAUUAAAAUGGCAGUUUUAUGGGAUAACUGGGGAUCGAGCUGAUGUUUAUCGACAUAUAUUAUAUAAUGGUGAGAUUUAUUUGAGUCGUUUGUAACUGUGUGUUACGAGGCGUGGCGUGCCGGAUAUAAUCACAAGGCUCUGCGUCGACAUUGCAUUGUCUUAAGUCUCAAAUGUCGGGUCAUUUGAGACUUAAGACCAUUAUUCUGAUUUUAUAUCCUGUUAUAUUCAUCAAGUGUCUUUUUGCUGGCUGUACUAAGACGAAAGGUUGUAACCUGAAGUUGCUGCAAGUCUAGCCUUUAGUAUUUGGAUCGCAUAUAAUUUUUGUUUUGUACAACUUUUCAAUCUGCAUAUGCAAGUGGAGUUACACCGGAUAUAAUUUGAAUUCUAAUUCUUUCUUUUUUUUUAUAUCGAGAUUCAAAGAAAAUAAGCAAAUAGUUAUGAAGCAGGAUUGUAUGUAAGUCAUACAAUUAAUGUUCUUUUAAUAUGUUUUAUGAAUAGUCGGGAAUUUACUGGUGUGAGUUCCUUUCGUGAUGGAGCGUAGUAAUUUUUAUUGCAGUGCCUGUGAUUGUAUAACAUUUUUUGUUGAUUUUGUUUUAAGUUUACUUGUAUUUCAAAUAUUAAAAUUUAUCUUAUGUAUUAUGCUACUGUUUUGUUUACAUAAUGUAUAUCAAAACUUAUGUAUUCUGACUUGCGUCUAUAAUACAAUUGCAUGAAUUGAAUUUUUAUUGUUAUGUUUACAUACAAAUAUAAUUUUGUAUUAUUAUAUAUUGAAAAAAAAAAAAAACCUUUGUUGGGUUUGCACUAUAUGUAAUAUAUGGUAAUAGUCUUACAUAAACUGUGCUGAGCGUACAUAUACGUAUAGGUUCUGGCACGAAUCUUUAGCAGUGAGUGAAAUUUUGUCGCAUAUAGCAUUGGACGCCUGUUUAAGACCCUAUUCUUAUAUUCCGCGCAUUCAAUGACACUGCUCCAUAUCGAUUCCGGAGUCCGCAUGUAUCCACGAGACAUGUUUGUUUUUAAUUUGUUUUCAAACAUCAUCACAAUAGAGUUUUUUAAUUUAUUAAUAAUUGCAAAUUUUAAGAUACUUGUGCUUUUAAUGUCAAUUUCAAUCAUAUCGAAUUUCAAUUAGCAUUGGCACAGCUCAAGUUAGGGUCUUAUUGUUCUAAAACAAGUCAGUUUAAGGAAGGUCAUUACAAUUCAUAGUUAAGUUUAUAUUGUCUGCUAUAUUUGUAUUUACAGUUUUAUAUCGAAUAAAAUAGUUUUGUGCUUGAUGUCAUAUAUACAUAUACAUGUCUACAUUCAGUAAAGUAGGUUUUGAUAUAUUUUUGGUGAAAUAAAUUGUUGACAGGACUAAUUUCAAUGUCACCCGAAUACAUAGCUUUCUUUUAUAUAGUCCAUAAUGUCUCACACAAAAUAGGUACUUUAAAAGAAUUAAAUCGCGUAAGUACAUUAUUUGGAUAAUAAAUAUUAAUGUAAUCCCAUAUUUUGCAUGAUUCAAGAACUGAUGACACGCGUCUUAUCCUUUUAAAAUGUAGUUUUAAAACACCUUAGACAACACUCGCCGACUUCGACGGUCUUGUCAGAAUUCUUUUCGACAAAGAGAAUAAUUUUGAUCAAACGAUAGUAAUAAACAUUACUUAAAUUAUAUAAUGAUAAAAUAUAUUCGUAAAACAAACUGUUCAUUUUCGUGGUGGACCCAGUGUAUGGAUGUUAUAUAUUUUUUUUAAUUUUUCAUGUAGAUAGCGUCAGAUGUCCUGUAAAGCAAUACCUUUUUAGUAUUACUUAAUAAAUAUGUGUCCAAUAUAUAUUCAUUUUGUUUCGAAUAACAUUCAGCAUUUUUCCAUGUGAAAAAUAAACUAGGUUACCAUUUAGGUAUCAAUCAAAAAUUUAUUCAUGUAUAAUUGUAAAUAAUUACAAAUAAAAAGGUGAAAUUGUU